CUCAUCUCCUCCGUGGACCCCAAGUUUCUGAACCUCACCAAAGUGGACGAUCUGAUCUACAGCGAGUUCAGGAAAACUUUCCGGGAUCUGAAAAUCGACGUGCUCGACCCGGAGGAGCUCAAAUCCGAGCCUGCCAAGGAGACGCUGCUGCGGCUGGACUGCCGCGAGGACUACACGGAGGAGAACACCAUCUUCGCCACCAGAAUCCAGUUUUACGCCAUUGAAAUCGCGCGGAACAGAGAGGGCUGCAACAGCGUCGUCUACGGCCGGGGCAGGGGAAGCACCCUGCCCCGGUGA